AUGAACCGGCAGUCUUACAGUAUCAGGGCAGGAGGAGGAGGAGGUGGUGGUGGUGGCAUCAAAGGUUUCAGCACAUUCUCUGCCAUUGCCCCAAGUGGCAAUAGAUCUGGCUUCAGCUCUGUUUCUCUUGCCCGAGCUGGUGGCGGUGGUGGUGGAGGCAGCUUUGGGAGGAUCAGUAUUGGUGGUGGAGGCGGUGGUGGUGGCGGCUUUGGUAGCAGGAGUCUAUAUAAUCUUGGUGGUAACAAAAGAAUUUCCAUCAGCAGAGGUAGCAGCCUACGUAGUGGAUUUGGUGGUGGUGGAGGAGGAGGAGGAGGAUAUGGUUUUGGUGGAGGAGUAGGUAGCGGCUAUGGCAUUGGUGGAGGAGCUGGCGGUAGUGGCUUUGGUUUCGGUGGUGGUGGUGGUGGAGGAGGAGGCGGCGGAGGACCUGGGGCUGGUACAAUUCAAGAAGUCACCAUUAACCAGAGUCUCCUGGCACCUCUCAACUUGGAAAUUGAUCCAGCCAUCCAACUGGUGCGACAAGAGGAGAAGGAACAGAUCAAGUUGCUCAACAACAAAUUUGCCUCUUUCAUUGACAAGGUUCGCUUUCUGGAACAGCAGAACAAGGUUCUGGAGACCAAGUGGACCUUAUUACAGGAUCAAGGCUUGAAAUCUGGUGCCAAUAAGAGCAACCUUGACCCCUUCUUUGAAGCCUACAUCAACAACCUAAGGAAGCAGCUGAGCAGCCUGGUCAAUGAGCGGGGGCGACUGGAUGGGGAGCUGAGGAACAUGCAGGACCUUGUUGAAGACUUUAAAACCAAAUAUGAAGAGGAAAUCAACCGACGCACAUCUGCUGAGAAUGAAUUUGUCAUGCUCAAGAAGGAUGUGGAUGCUGCCUACAUGAACAAAGUGGAGCUGGAGGCAAAAGUUGACUCUCUGACUGAUGAACUCAACUUCUUGAGGGCCCUCUAUGAAGCGGAGAUGGCUCAGUUGCAGGCACAGAUGUCUGACACUGCUGUCAUCCUCUCAAUGGACAACAACCGAGAUUUGGACCUGAACAGCAUGGUCGCCGAGGUGAAAGCACAGUAUGAGGAUAUUGCCAACAGGAGCCGAGCUGAAGCGGAAGCAUGGUACCAAACCAAGUUUGAGGAACUCCAGGCCACUGCAGGGAAGCAUGGUGAUGAUUUGCGUAAUACCAAAGGAGAGAUUUCAGAGCUCAAUCGGUUGAUCCAGAGGAUUCGGUCAGAAAUUGAGAACGCAAGAAACCAGUGUGCCAAUCUGCAGACGGCUAUUGCGGAUUCUGAGGAGCGUGGUGAAUUGGCUCUCAAAGAUGCCAGAGCCAAACUCCUUGAGUUGGAGGACGCUCUACAAAAAGCCAAGGAAGAAAUGACUCGCCUAUUGCGGGAAUACCAAGAGCUCAUGAAUGUCAAGCUGGCCCUGGAUAUUGAGAUCGCCACCUACAGGAAGCUGCUGGAAGGAGAAGAGAACAGGCUCAGUGGAGAGGGAGUCAAUCCUGUGAGCAUCUCUGUUGUCAGUUCCAGUGUUGGAGGUGGAGGUGGUGGAGGAGCUGGUCUUGGAGGAGGAUUUGGCAGUCUUGGUCUUGGAGGAGGUGGAGGAGGAGGAUAUGGAGGCCUUGGCCUUGGAGGAGGAGGAGGAGGAGGAUUUGGCCUUGGGAGCGGCCUGAGUCUUGGAGGAGGAGGCGGCGGCAUUGGCAUUGGAAGUGGACUUGGUUUGGGCUUUGGAAGUGGUUAUGGUUAUGGUGGUGGUGGUGGUCUGAGCAUUGGAGGAGGCAAUUUCAGCUCUGGGAGUGGAAAAGGCACUGGGACAGGAAGCAACCCUGGUGUGAGAAUUAUCUCCAAAACCUCCACCACCCAAAAGAGCAUCAGGAGCUAA